AAGCAAAGAGUGGAGUAGUAAGCUAAUAUGCUACCCUUUAUAACGUUAAUUAGCCACAUUUUGCUCCGCCAACAAUCAACAUUGUCUCUUUCUUCCUACCGCUGACACACUCUUUCUCGCAAACGCGUUGCAGGUCCACUUGAGAAACGCCAUUUCUAAUCCUUUUGCACCUUCCAAAGAAAUAAAGACAAACUUCUAAAGUUAAAAACAAGAGCAAUGGUGGUUAGAGAGCCUGAUGAGAUCUCCCAAGGCGAGGUGGAGUCGCCAUUACAGUCCGAUCACCACCUUAGAAACCCUCUUUUCUCGUCUCUUGGCAGACAAUCUUCCAUUUAUUCUCUUACCCUCGACGAGUUUCAGCAUACACUUUGUGAGAGUGGGAAGAAUUUUGGGUCCAUGAACAUGGACGAGUUCCUUGCUAGCAUUUGGAACGCAGAGGAACAUCAAGCUACGGCCGCCACUAGUAACAGUGAUCAGAUAAAAAAUAGUAAUUAUAAUAGUAGAGGAACUCAGGGAUUCAAUGAUGGGUCUGGUCAGAUAGCAAUAUCUACGCAACCCAGUUUGCCGAGACAAGGAUCGCUUAGCUUGCCUGAACCAUUGUGUCGGAAAACUGUCGAUGAAGUUUGGUCUGAGAUACACAGAGAGCAGCAGCAGCAGCAGCAGGGCAACCAAGGACGUGAAACAAGUAACGUUAACAAUAUCCAGAACCCUGAGCCUGCAGCUAGUCGGCGGCAGACGUUUGGGGAGAUGACGUUGGAGGAUUUUCUGGUCAAGGCAGGGGUGGUAAGAGAGCAAUGUCCUGCACCUCCAUUACCAACUCAGCAACGGCAGUACGGUUUGUACCAAAGCAACAAUAACAAUAAUCCUACAAUGGGGACAAGUUUUGUUUCCAGGCCGUUUCUUGGAAUUGGCAGUGGAGGUGGUGGCGUUGCUGUUAGUUACCAGACAAUGCCGCAAGAAGCUGGGCAAAUAGGUGAGGUGUCAGGGAGGAAUGGUGGGCUUCCUACUCAGGCGGCAGCAGCAGCACCGGGGUCAGCUUAUGGGGGAAGAGUUGGGAACGGUGGUGGAUAUCCCCCGAGUCAGGCAAUGGGGGUUAUGGGACAAGUGAGCCCAGUUACACCAGACGGACUGGUUGAUAACGCAGCGAAUCAAUUUGGAAUUGAUAUGAGCGGGCUAAGAGGAGGGAAGAGGAUUGUUGAUGGGCCUAAAGAGAAGGUGGUUGAGAGGAGGCAACGCAGGAUGAUCAAGAAUAGAGAGUCGGCUGCAAGGUCCAGAGCCAGAAAACAGGCGUAUACAGUUGAAUUAGAAGCAGAGUUGAACCAGCUAAAAGAAGAGAACAUGCAGCUUAGGCAAUCUCUGGUAAACUAUUAUGAAUUAUUCUCAGAGUUAAAUGAAAGAUUUGCUGACAAUAAUUGGUGGGGUUUUAUGCUCUUCUUAUUCUUGAAACAGGCAGAGCUCGAGAACAAGAGAAAACAGCAGUAUCUUGAAGAAUCGAGAAUGAAAGUUCAGACUAAGGCCCAAAAGACUAAAGAGAAAUUGAGAAUGAUGAGAAGGAAUGUUAGCUGUCCCUUGUAACAAAGCUAAGCAACGGUAAGUUUGCAAUAGUUGAAGAGGAAUUUCAUUAAAUGCACUUAAUGACUAAUGUAUGGGAUAAUUAUAUUCGAUCCCUCAAUUGGUGAGAUUGGAUGGCCUGGCAGGUACUUCUCUCCCUUAAUCAGCAGUCGGGUCUCGGGUCUCGAGUCUCGAGUUGGAACUUUUAAAAUUAAAAAGUAAGAGAUUUUGCUCUUUUCAGUGGAUUUGUCCGGCUUUGAAAAUCGGAUUCUUCAUUCCGAAGAGUUCUACACGGGAGAUACAAAAACCUUAGUACAAUCUGUUUAAUGCAGAAAUAUGAUGGUGGGAAAUCCAGAAUUCACAAUGGGAAAGAAUGCAUUUGGAAUUGAAGAGUGAUGAAUGAAUUCAAUGGAGUUUGAGAUGGAUGGCUCUUUCUGUAUAAAUUAUAAAGUAUAAUCGGAGGAAUGGGAUUUUUGAGAAGUCCAGUUUAUUUUCUGAAAGGUAAUUCCUGUAGCAUAGUUUCAAGAAGCAAACGCACCUUGGAUUGGGAUAAU